AUGAAUUGGGAAGAUGAGGGAGAUGACGAGAUGGACGACGAUACUGCCGUCGAUACUCCCGUUUCCAAAUCCCGGAGCACGAAGCUGGAUACUAAGGAGGAAACCGAGUUUACGAAGUGGUUUUGGGAGAAUCGUGGUGAUAACAAUCGUGCUUGGAAGAAGAGGCGGCGUGAUGCUGCUAAGGAACAGAGACAGAGAGAGAACAGGAAGAAGGGAAUGAAGGGACCGAUCAAAGCUGGCGUCAUCACAAACAACAGUCGCGAUGCAGCCUCUACAAAAUGCGCAAAGUGGCAGAAUGCACUGGCUGCUUCUGCUUCUUGCGCUUCUCUCCUUCACAUCUUUAACAGCAGCAUCCACACGAUCAUCCCCCUCGAUCCCGAGAAAUCCGGCUCCGAUCCUCUAGACAGUGUGGUGAAUCUGUACCAUCGUGCAUUUGACAGCGCACUCACCGACAGCGACAGCAACAGCGACAGCUCCGAGCCCGUGCCGGAGUCCGAAAAACAAGCAGAAACAGACGAUCUACCUAAAUCCAAACGCGCCAAUUCAUACCGCCAACUAAACUGCAACGACUGCAAUCGCAAAUUCUGCCUUGACUACGAAUUGCCGACGUGUAAGGGUGCUAAGGAGGAUGAUGUUGUUACUACUUGCUUCCGUGAGUGA